GAGUGUUGGAGGGAGAUGGUGUCAGAGGCUGUAUGUGGAGACUCGUAUCUGGAGGAGGAGCUAGUCGCUGCAAUCAAUCUGCACGGAGACGUUGUGGAGGCUGCAUUCUUUGCUCGCAAGUUCAACAUUCCUGCACACAAGCUGCCUUACAAUGUAGUGACAUACCUCAGGACUGGCACUUUAGAGUACCACUACUCGCCGCCACGAGUGACUGUGCCGAGGAAGGUGCUGCAGUUGCCAGAGAGUCACAUAGUUAUGAUGGUAGACACAGAUGAGUCACUAGCCCGCUGUGUGGAGGCUGUGUCCAACACUCACGUCGUGGGGCUGGAUGCUGAGUGGAAGCCUGCGUUCUGCUCUGAAUCUGAGGCACUCUCACUACUGCAGGUGGCCACUCAUGAAGAGACAUUCCUGGUGGAUGUUCCGGCUCUACAACACAGUCCUGUGUGGAAAGACCUCAGCCAGGUGCUGUUCUUGAAUCCAGACAUUUUAAAGUUGGGUUUUGGACUAUCAGUGGACUUGUUGAAGCUGAAAGAGAGCAUAAACAUGAAUGAUGUUAAGAUGGCAGGAUUAGGUUUCCUAGAUUUGAAUCUCUUAUGGAAAAAAUUGAUGAGGGAAUUCAAUAUUACACUACCAUUCAAAGGUGAGGAAAGUGACACGGUGGAGGGUCUGUCAAAACUGGUCUCAUUGUGUGUGGGUUUGCCAUUGGACAAGUCUGAGCAGUUCUCCAACUGGGACCGCCGACCUUUGAGGGAUGCCCAGAGGAACUAUGCAGCUUUAGAUGCCUAUUGCCUGAUUAUUGUUUAUGAAGUGUUGGCCCGUGAGUGCAUCAAUCAAGGAGUACCAUUCCAGGAUGUUUGUCAAGAUCUUAUGAUAGCUGGAGCUAACGUCACCAAAAAACCUAAGAAGAAACCAUUACCGUCUCGUAAGGUAUUUGAAGAGCCAACGACUCAGUCCUCUAAAAAUCGGCCAAUCAGAGUGGCCGAUUUUAAAGUGGUGUGCGACACAAUGUUACAAGGACUCGGCCGCAGUCUGCGCUCUGUGGGUGUGGAUGCUGAGAUCCUCAGCAAUACGCAGAACCACAAUGUCUGUGUGGCCUUGAACAGAGAACAGAACAGAGUCAUUCUGACCAAAGGAGCUGUCUAUGAUAGACUGCACACACAAGUGCCUGAAGGAAUGUGUUAUCGAGUGAUGAAGCAAACAUCCAAAGAACAGAUGGUGGAAGUUUUGAGGUUUUAUAACGUUAUGGUGGCUAAAGAGGAUAUAUUUAGUCGAUGUCAGCUAUGUAAUGGAGCAGAUUUCAAGAAGCUGACCCCUCAGGAGUUGAGGAAAGCUAUUGAUUCAACUUACAGAACACACCGGCAUGUUUCUGCUCACCAACUGGAUAUUGCUGACGAUGACUACGAUGAUUACAAUGACUUUGAUGAUGACAGCUGUUCAGAUGAUGAUAUACCAGGUCCAGUUACCCAUGCCCCAUCAGGGUAUGUCACGUCACAGGCAGGAGCCAAUCAUACACCAGUUGAAGAGGAUACCUUUUAUGGUUACAACUGUGAAACGAGCACAGGAGCUCAUAUCAAGCACGAAAGCAUACCCAAAGACAAGUUUGACAGUGUGCCGUUGUUCUACGUAUGUGAUAAUUGUGGCCAUUGUUACUGGGAUGGCAGCCACUUGGUGCGUAUCCUGGACAACUUGCAACACAUUGUCGCCAAGUAGACAAUCUUGUGAUACACAUGUACAGUGGACCUCCUCCGGAACCUGACAAAUAGUAUAUGUAAGGACACUGCAUUGUAGUAUAACAUUAAGGCAUUUGAACAUUUGUAAGGCAUAGCACAACCUUGAUUAAACACUGUACUGUUCUGUUCUUGUGAAUAAUACAAAUAGAUCAUGCGACUUAUAAUACACCUAGAAAAUAGGCUUGGCACAUUUUUUCUUGAGAAGAAAAAUCUAAAUUGCAACAACUUUAAGAAACCCUAUGCCAAAUUAUAACUCAAAACUAUCUGGGGUUUUGCCUGUUAUUGUUGUGAAGUACUCGAUUGACUAAAAUUUCUUCAGUCAUGAUGUUAGUUUUUAUUUAUGUCAUGCCCGUUCCUUCUUUAUAAUUGUCAAAGGACCGAAGUGUGGUUAAAUUUUCUCUAAUUGUCCAGUAAUCCGUGUAGUUCUGUUGUUAGUAACCAUUGACGUUUUUGUCAAACUUAAAUCUCUCCAAAGUGGUUGGAAACAUAGACAUAAUAUGAAACUAAUAUGAGGAAAUUGUUGCACUUACGUAUGAAGAAUUGUCUGGAACUAUUUCUAGCUGUUCUCACAUUUAGUUUUUUUUUAUAUUUUAACUCUGUUAAUUUAUUGUUAAAAGUCUUGUGAUAAAUGAUAAAUUACCUCAACACCCUUAAGCUUCUUUUCUUCUGUCACCAUCAAACACUAGGAUGACUAUUAAAUGGUCAUUUUAGAUUCAGUUUUUGCAAGAUUCUUUGCACAUGGAUUCAAGAUUCUUUAAGAUACAUAAUAGUUUUAAGAUACAUAGGUUAUAUACAGAUAUUAUGUGAUGGUAUGGUUUUGUAACUUAUAAACUAAGUUAUCGUAAAAUAAAACAUAGUUAAUAGCUUUCACUCAAUUGUUUUAUAUAUCGCCGUAGAUUUAAGUAAUUUGGAAGACAAAAGUUUGGAGGGGUCCACUGUAUCACCAUUCUGAUCUUCCACAAGAUCUAAUGUUCAAUUAGUCUUUCUUCUAUUAGAUUUAAUGGUAUGGUAUUGUGAUUGUGUAUUAAACUUGUAUCAACUUUAUCCUGUACGUGAUAUAUAAUAGGUAUCUUUAAUAUGUACCUACAUAAAGUAUCUUUUCCUACCUGAAUAUUUUUAUAUGUUAUGUUUCAACAAUGACAAGUUACCACAAGUUGGCCAAAUUAUGUUUGUUGUUUUUUAAUUUUGUACCGUUUUGUUUCAAAUGCAAGAAGUGUUUUUUCCAACACUUGCUGGAUUAUAAGUUUAAAUAAAUGCUAGUUUUGACUUA